AAACAAACAAUUUUUGAUUAAAAGCUGUUCAGUUGAUAAUCACGUUUUGGCAUUGCAAGCACUACGAUAUUAAAGAUUGCUUUGUUGGAACGGUAGUAUGAUUUGUGGUGAUAGUUUUGAAAUGAUUUCAAAGGUACGCAAAAGUGUUAUAACCAAACUCGUUAUUUUUAACUUUCGCUUGAGUUAUGGGCUGAUGGUCAUAUAUUUCGUCAGUCUGUCACAAUAACAAGUUGCCGUCUGGUGGAAACUGAACUCGGAAACGAGCAGAAAGUCAACUAUCAUCGAAUGAAACGUUGUAGGAUAAUUAAGGUCCUCUUAUAUUCUAGUUGACCAUCGGCUAUUGCAAGUCAACAAUGGUCUGUGAGUUAUAUGUUUCUUAUCGAAACGGAAAACCGAGAAUUUUCAGUGCCCUGAUUAAUUUAGCCGUUCCCUGCUCCAGCGCAACAGUGCAGUUUAGCGGUUAGAAUGCGAUGCGUUACUCCCGUCUAUUUUGAGCACUUGCGUUAGAAAUCCUCUUGGCUGCAAAAAUCGUGAUGAGAGAGACACCAGGGAACUUUGAUAAUUGUCCUUCAGGUUCCAGCAGGACAGAUAUCAAUGAAAGAUAUAUUAAGGAAGGGGAAGUUGCCUCUUUAAAUCUACGCCUACUUUAUGGUCAGUUUUAAAUUUAGCCCCAAGUUUCGCAGCGUAAUUAUGACCAACGACUUGUGAAGGAAAUUUCGCUGGUGUGAAAAUUGAAGUAAAGCAAUACCGUAAAGUGGAAGCACGUACUUCACGCACGGUAUUGAACAUUUAUUUUGUUGUUGAAAAUACCUGCUUUCUUGGCGUAAUUUGCGGCAAGUUUCGUCUUGUUUUGACCUGUCUUGGCUUCCCAUGACAGCAUGAGUAAUGCAAAGGUUCUUUUCGACUACGAGGCUGAGGCAGACGACGAACUGUCGCUCGCAGAAGGAGACCUAAUACGCGAUAUCGUGAAGAAAGAGGAUGGUUGGUGGGAAGGCGAGUUACACGGAAAACGGGGAAUGUUUCCUGAGAAUUUUGUAGAGGAAAUUAGUAAAAACGUCGUUGCAGAAACGAAGUCUACGGAAAUGAAACCAACUCCAGCAGCUCCGGUUGUGAAUGAAAAGAACACAUUGGCUAAAGUAACAUUUGAUUAUGAUGCUGAGAAUGAUGAUGAGUUAACUCUUAAGGAAGGAGAUGUGGUGAAGGUUCUUGACCAAGAGGAGGAAGGAUGGUGGAAGGGUGAAUUAAAUGGAAAUAUUGGAGUUUUUCCAUCAAAUUUUGUUGAAGUUAUCAAAGGACCUGAACCUGAGCCACCGGUUCCUAAGCAACCAGAACCCCCUAAGGAAUCAGAAAAGAAACCAAAAAUAAUAGGUGGAAUGAAAUUGCCGACAGUCUCUUUGGAUGUCCUGACCCAAACUAAAGACAAACUAAAGAACAGGGAUGGUAUCUCUAGUGGUGGUAAUCAAAAGCCAGAAAGGCCUGCUGUAGUGCCAUCUGAAAUAAAUAAAAGGACUUCUGUGAAAAGACCACCCAAAAUUCCAGAGCCUGAUAGGCCGCCAAAAGUGGCCUCAAAGGGGAAAGAAAAAGUUUUAGUUGAAUUUGAUUAUGAUGGAGAACAAAGUGAUGAGCUGACGUUACAUGUUGGUGAUAUUGUUACGGUCCUUGAGAAGGAUGUGAAUGAAGGAUGGUCUAAGGGAGAAUUGAAUGGAAAGAUUGGGUUGUUCCCAGAUAACUUUGUGAAGAUAUUACCACCUGAACCAUCUAGGGAGUCGGAGAUGACAAAAAGUAAGAGCACAUCAGACCUUCCUAAGCGCCCUUCAAUGCCACUCGAUGAUGACGUGGAUGCAAAACCAAGUCGCCCCGAGUUUCCGAAAUUGAGAAAAACCAACCCGGAUCGUGCGCCGCUACAGAGCUCGGUGAGCCAAAGCGAGCUACAAGCGAAAUUAAAGGCUGUCGUUCCCCCGCCGGAUGAUGCAACGAAGAAGUCCGAACCACCGCCUUUGCCCGACUCUAAACCGGCUAAUGUCGACGAGAGGUCAAAACCUCCGAUCAAGAGAUCGCCACCAUUACUUCCAAAGAAACCGGGCAAACCGAAACCACAAGAUUUGCCAAUAAACUCAGAUCGACCUCCGUUACGACAUGUUAAUGGCGUGGAUCCAUCCAAACGUCACUCAACUGCACCCCUGCCCAGCGAGAAAAACCAUGAUGCCGACCUCAAGAGACGCUCUAUCGGUACAGAUCUUGGUGUAAAUCUCAACGACAUUAAAUCAAGUGCUGUAUUGCAACCACUCACAUCAGAUAGGCCAAAAAAUCCAUCAAAACAUCCGCCAACUAAAUACGGAAAACCAUCUUCUCCGGUGAAAAAAUCUGUCACUCCUGAGAUUCCCCAGUCGUCUUGGCCGCCCAAAGAACCAGAAAAAAUUAAAAAACCAGAGAAGCCGCCCGCUGCAGAGAAGCCUCCAAAACCGGCAAUUCCAGAAACAACAAAACCAGGAAAACCCGUUGAAUCUAAAGUCGAUUCUGGAGAGAUAAAGAAGUUACACGAGGAGAUAAAUACAUUGAAAAGCUCGCUCGAAUCAAUGAUGAAGCAAUUCAAAGAACACGUACAAAAGAGCGAGAAAAAUUUGCAAAAAAUGGAGAAAAAAUUUACGGACGAAAUAGAAGAUUUGACCAGAGAAUUGGACGAAGAAAAAAAGCUUCGAUCUGCUGUCGAUGUCGAAGUGAAUCGAUUAAGAAAAUUAAUUAAGAAUCAAAUAAGCUCCUAACAAAUCCAAAGAAGAGCAAAUUGCUCUAAAUAUGUUCUAAUCAUACUCAGAUUAUCAAUCAAGUGUACGACGAACGAAUGGUGAAUGAAGAUGUGAUGUUGCCACACGGUUUGUAUACAAAUUGACGUUGUGUUAAUAUCGUUUUUGAAUUAUAGUGAUUUAUAAAUUUUGAUAACAAAUGUUAACCGUAGGUUAAUAACCGUAGGUUAAUAAGUAUUGAUACUGCACUGCGUUUUAUAUUAUAACAUAGUUUACUGUAAUAAAUAUACAUAGAUUAUAA